AUGGCUCCAUACAAGGCGUUGACCCCUCAGCGCGGGGUGGCACCGGCGGUUCGUGCUUCAAGCCACGCCAAUCCACCGUCGACCCCCUCAGGGCGCGACCAGGAUCACCGAGCUGGAACCCCACAAGGCACGGGCACCGCGAGUGGCAGUGGCGCCGGAACACCCACCGGCAGGGCUGGAAGAGCUGGCAAUCGCUUUCAAAAUGAUGCCACACAACGUGUUGUCCGUCACAAGAAGACCCCGUACGUCUACAGAAUCGGGAUACGUCUCCCCCGGGAGAAACUGCGACAGUUCCCACGGUACAACGGCAAGGUCGGCAAGUUUUUGUCUGAGGGUGCGGGUGCUGGAUCUUUUGUGACGCUCAAAGUUCCUGGGUUGCAUACCAUCCUCAACAGCCGGCCAAGGCAAUUUCCUUCGACCUCUGCUCUAGAAUCAGCAGAUACCGUGGCAACAGCAGUCUCAGCGGCUGCUUUUGCUCCGUCUCCAGGGACAAUCCCGUCUGGGGCGCCAUCUAUCUUCUCCGAGGUCGAGCCCUUGUCCGAUUCCAGAACUCCUGUCACCAACGCGUCUUCACCUCAGGAAACUUGUUUGGACUACGGGCUGCGUGACCUGUGGAGGGGUGCUGAGGAGGAACUUCCGGCUGCUACCAGUGGAUCUAGCAUUGCACACGAUCAAUACAGACCGGUUCCUGAAGAGAGCAAGCAUUCGACUACUCCUGGGACACUCGACCAGUCUUACGUCUUCCCCGAUCGCACGGGGCCCGACUUUGAGGAUCGACCUGUUGCCGAGCGGCUCUUGCGCAACCCCGACACCGACGACGACGCAAUGGCACCUGUCAAGGACACCAGCAAUGUACACAAUACCAUCAAAGACAUCAUUCAGCAUCUCACCGACAUCCAGAUUCAGACCCACGGUUACAUCCCCGACACUCAAGAUUUGCUGGUAGACAAGCUAACCGAUCUAACCAACUCUCUCUCCCAGUUGAAACACCUGACUUCGCCCACCGAAUCCCCCAACAACUACAUCCACCAAGUCGCGAUCGCUCCGGAGAUCGUGGACUACGUCGACGACGGCCGCAACCCGGAUAUUUUCACCCGAGAUUUCGUGGAGAACGUGCAAAGAGGUAACGCGGUGAUCAACGGCAAACAGCAGGCAUUCAGGGAGUUUACGGAGAUUUUCGCAGAGAAGUUGAAGGAAGGGAUCCCAGGCGUGAGCAAGGAAGUGGACAGGGUAUUGAGGAAUGCUGGGUUCGAUGAACAGCACGAUUCAACGGCGAAUGGAGACGAGCAGGCGGCGUCGCAGGCUGGAGACUCAAAUCCGAAUGGCCCUGCCAAUGGAUGA